AUGUAUAGUAAUAAUAAAAAUUUAAUCAUAAUUGGGUUUAUUUAUUUAAUAAGCUUUAUUUAUAUAUGUAAUGGUAAUGCUUUAGAUAUUUUUAUAGAUUUAAAAAGUAAUAAUGGUGAUGCAGUUUGUGGUGGGGCCCUCUCACCAUGUGGGUCAUUCAGUCAAGCCGGUGAUAGAAUAAGAUCAACAACUCCAUCCAGUUUUGAUCAAUUAAACGUCUAUGUUUUAAAUAGAGGUAGCAGUGUUAUUCAAGUUAAUAGUCAAACACAAUAUUUUGGAGAAAUUAAUCAAUUUGAAUCAAUUUUAAUUACUGUAGCCGAAAGCAGUACACCAUCUAAGCCAGUUGCUUCACUCCCAAAGAUUCAAAUCAACGGAAAUGGAAAUCAAGAUCAAGUUUUUAUUACAACUUUUGGCAAUGUUAAGUUGCAAGGUUUUAUCUUUAAUGACUUUGAUACUCUUGUAGCUACAGGUGAUGAAGACAGAUUUGUCAAUUUACAAUUAGAAGCAAAUCAGUUUAACAAACUCAGCAAAAUAUCAGGUAUCCAAAGCGGUCAAGAUCCAGACAGUAAAGAGGAUGAUUUUAUUAUUAAUUCUAAAUCAGUUUCAAUCAUAGGAUGCAAAUUUACAGACAGUCAAAGAGUUAAUGUUUUAAAGAGUAAUUGUCCAGGAAAGGUUGAAAUAAAGGGCUCUUCAUUUGAAUACGGUGGUUCCACUUUCAGAUUUAAUGAAAGUUCCUCAUUAUUAAUUCAAGAUUCACAAUUUACAUUCUCAUUACGAUCCAAAUAUCAAACUGGUAUCUUUGAAUUUUCCCUUCCUAGUGAAGUAUAUUUCGAAGGAACCAAUUUUACCAACAGCAACUCUGAAUUUAGAUCACUAUUGAAGAUUACUGAACCUAAUGACCGUGGCGAUACCAAUAUCACUAUCAAAAAUAUUUCCUAUAAUCAAGAAAAUGGUGUUUCAGAAAAUGGUUACAUCAUUGGUCUUUAUCAUGAUGGUUAUGUCUAUUUCACAAUGAGAAAUUCACAAAUUACCCAUAAUUCUGACCCAAGAGAUGUUGCUAAUCUUGUAUAUUUUAGUGGUCGAAGACAGUAUCCUUACUUUCUUACAAUGGAAAACAAUAAUAGUACUUUCUUUUACAACUCUUUGGUAUACAGUGAGGGUUAUAUCAAAGUUAAAAUAUUUAAUAAUAUUUUUAUAGGAAAAGAAGCUGUAAUUGGACCUCAUUAUACAUUGGAUACAGACUUUGUUCCAUUUUCAAGCGAAGCUAGCUUAAAUUCAAUUUGGUCCUAUUCCUUUGUUAUCUUAUCAUCAUUAAUUUUAUUAAUUAAAAGUUUAUAA